GAGAAGCGCACUCGCGCGAACCUCACUGGGACAACGCGAGAGGCAAAGACACAUUAUGAGCACAGGGCAGCAGUUUAAGGGUAUAUGACGCACAACCACAAGAGUAAGCAGUUGAAGACAGCAUGAAGUCAGCUGAAACCCGAGACUGAUCUUACAUAAACAGAAUCAACACUGACAGUUUCUGAGAGCCCUGUCAAACUUCAAUUUUACUUUUUUCACAAUGGCCUUAUUGAAUGCUACUCUUCCAUGGAAUGUCUCUUUGGACAUCAAAAACCUCUCAGAAUCAGAUGGCAAACCACCUAUGGUGAAGAACUGGGCAGCUCUGUUUAUUCUGGCGAUUAUAUUUUUUACUGUUGCGGGAAAUAUACUGGUAAUUAUGGCAGUGUCCAUCGAAAGCAAGCUGCACAAUGCCACCAACUACUUCCUGUGUUCACUGGCUGUGGCAGACAUGCUGGUGGGAUUCCUAGUUAUGCCAGCCUCACUAAUUAGUAUUCUUUACGAUCACACCUGGCCUCUCCCUGAACUGCUGUGUCCCAUGUGGCUCUUCCUUGAUGUGCUCUUCUCCACAGCCUCCAUCAUGCACCUAUGUGCCAUUUCUCUGGACCGCUAUAUCGGCAUCCGUAACCCAAUCAAAUACAGCCGCAGCAACUCACUUUGCAAGGCCAUGAUCAAAAUAAUCUCUGUUUGGACCAUUUCUAUAGUGUUGUCACUGCCCAUUCCAAUAAUGGGUUUCCAGGAUAAGCAGAAGGUGUUUGUAAAUGGCACCUGCGCCCUGAAUGAGCCUCGCUUUGUCCUUGUUGGCUCAUUCGUGGCCUUCUUCUGUCCUCUGGUCAUCAUGGUAGUCUGCUAUUACCUCACUCUACGUGAUCUCCAGAAGCACAGCUCUUCCUUCCCGCAAGAGAGCAAGAGCGACUCCAAACAUUCUACCGCUGAGAUAAGCAGCACAAGUCUGCUCAGCAGUCAUUCCUCCUCCAAGAGAUCCACAUUUCCAAUCAGCAAACGUCUGUUCGGGGGUCCACGAGACCAAGGUAAACGAGGCAUGAUGCAAGCUAUAAAAAAUGAGCAACGAGCCUCCAAAGUCUUGGGGAUUGUCUUCUUCCUCUUCCUGAUCAUGUGGUGUCCAUUCUUCAUCACCAACGUGCUGAUCGCUAUCUGUCGGGACGACUGCAACGAGCAUCUCUAUACACUCAUUAACGUCUUUGUCUGGGUGGGAUAUGUCUCCUCUGGAGUGAAUCCCCUGAUCUACACACUUUUCAACGAGACGUAUCGCCAAGCCUUCGCUCGCUACCUACAAUGUAAAUAUCAUGAGGAGAAAAAGCCCAAGGCCAUCAGAACACGUUGACACAGUUCCAGCACAAUGGUUACAUCUGAUCAUCUUGACCUAUCUACGUACUUCUAAUAUGAGGCUGCUAAACUUCUUAUCCCUUUAAUGACAUGAUAGAUCGUUUUAUAAGAACAGUUUUUCUUUCUUGUGUAACAGGACAUAACAAAUGUUUCCAACACAAGUAUCCACCUUAUUGUGCGUUCAGCUGAUUAAUUUUGUAACAAAACAAUGCAGAGUGUUGCUCCCACAGUUCUGCUAUGGAUUUGUUUGGAACUAUUUUCAUUGCCGAAAUAGCAAAAAAUUGUGUCUAAAAUGUAAGUCACUUAAUAUUGACUUCUUUUUCAUUGAACAUUUGUAAAAAAUAAUUAGCACAUUUGCAAUCGUGCUCAUAUUCGUAAAAACAGCUCUCUUGCUCUUGUGAUAUUGCUUAAAUAUAUCCUAUAUUAAAUUAUAUAAAAAAACAAGAUCACAUACAAGUAGGUUUUUGCAAUCAUAUCUUGAAUUUGUGGGAAUUUGUAUUAAUUUUGGGCUUUUUUUUUUUUUUUUCGAGACAAUCCUGCAUUGAUUUCAAACCCGGCACAACAGUAACAAAAGAAAUCACAUUAGAAAUAAGUUAAAUAGUACGUUUUACAUCAGAUUAAUGAUGUUAACAAAUAAAUUAGACAAUGCACCGGCAAUUUAGUGAUAUCCCCACAGUUAAUAAAAUCCAGAGUCCUCUUAGUCUGAGACAGAGACAAGACCAAGACUUUCUAAAAAUGGUCAUAAGACCGAUCUCGAGUACUACAACACUAGUAAACAGUAAAGCUAUUUCCACUACAAACCAGUGUUUAUGAUUACAAUAAUAAAUUAAAAAUAUAGCUGCAAGCAGCAGUUAUCGGGGUUCAAGUGCUUUAAUGCCUUUAGGCAUAUGCGUAAACAGGUAUUAUGUUUUAUUUAGCAAGCCUGUAACCAUCUUGAUCAUACAUGGAAAAGACCAUUUACAGCCAAUACAGGCAAUUUACUGUAGGAAAUUCAUGGUUUAUAAAGCUUUUUAACAGUUAUCGAGGUUGAGCCAAAAACCUAGGACUAGUUUGCCAAAGUUGGUUUUUGAAAAAUCUCCAACAUUUAACGAAUGAUUUGAUGGACAGAGGCGUCCUAGAGGCGAAGUUGCUCAGAAUGAGGAAUUCUACCAUGUGGUAUGAAUGUUGUGGCGUGUGUGACAAAUCGCGCAAUACAUGAUCCUUUAUGUACAUGAAAAACGUUAAGGCGCCCCCUGGUGGCUGAUUUCUUUCUAAAUUCUCACAGGCCUCUAGGGCCGUGAGUCAAACAGACCCAGCUAGUUUCGUUCUGAUCGGCCUCUGUUAACCUUGUCUGAUAGCUGCUCAAACUUUAUUGGCCGGUGUCGGCCAUGUUUUUUGAGAUACGUCAAUGUCCUCAUAGACAAUCAUGGCACCUCGGACAAAGACACUGCAUGCCAAUUUUCAAGUCGGACUAACGGUGAAGUAGUUAAAGCCGUUUUCAUGUUUUUUUAUGUUAUAGCACCACCAAGUGGCCAGUUGCCACAUCCUUUUCACGCAGAAUGAGCUCUUAGAUAGGUGUGCUGAGUUUGGUAAAAAUAUCUCGCCGUCAGCACCGAUAGCCUAGUGGUUAGUGUGUCGACGUAUGGCACAAAUGCGUUCACGGCAACCCGAGUUCAAUUCCCGUCUCGAGGUCCUUUGCCGAUCCCACCCCCUCUCUCCGCCCAAUGCUUUCCUGUCUGCUCUCUACUGUCUUCUCCGAAUAAAGGCACAAAAAGCCCAUAAAUAAAAAAAAUCUCAUUCCAUUCACAAGGUAUAACCUUUUUAGUAAAAGUGGCUCCACCCACUUUGAACGUUUUGGCAGUGCUUAGGGACCGUGAAUUGAAAUUUCAACUUUUUUUUGAUAAUUAUUGACAAUCAGACUCCGGAAAAUCUGAGAAGCGUCUCACUGCAGCCUGCGGUGGACAUCCAACCCUUCCCACAUCCAAGUGUGACGUCAGAAGCCAGGCCCAUGCAGCCAAUUUUUAAGAUUUUAUUGGUCAUGUCAAUCACAGUACUGAUUGCCUACACCAAACACUGAUCCUAAACCUACACGUCACUGUAACCAAAGAAAUUACCUGCAGGGCAGGAUUUCUGGUGAAGUGCGUCACACUUGGAUGUGGGAGCGGGCCCUACUUGGAGAAUCCCCUGCACUGGUUUGGUUCCAAUCGAGCCAAAAUCGUGCCGAUCGGGGCGAGCCUUGGUGACGGUGUCUUACAGUUUGGUCUGCCCGAUCACUUUUAGGGGAGAAUGCUGAUCCUUGAAAAAUUUUAAAUUACAACAGGGUUUCAGCGCUAUGCACUUGAACCUCUAAUAAUUAUUGCAGUAUAUCCACAAAGGGAACACUAACUGCAUUUCCUAAUGUUUAAAGUCGACAUAAAGCGGAAGUUGCGAUAGCAUUUUCUUCCCUAUUGUGAUGUAUAGCCGAAUGAAAUGGCUUCUGGAACAAGAAAAAACGGGGCUUGAUUUUGGGGAAUUGAUUGGAUGACUGGAUGGUUGUGGUUUGCUUAUUGGUGGAUCUCAUGUGAGUGACAGGUGGCCCCGCCCCUCGCGCCAGUAAACACUUCAUCAGAGAUGUCACCUCAAAAUCAUGGACGGGAAGGUAUUUUAAUUAAAGAUUACGAGACCACCAUGAUUUUUUUAAAUGAUGGUUCUAUAAUAAAUACUGCAAUAUUCCACAAAAAAAAACAAAAAAAACAAGAA